AUACCGCCAUUCAAUUUUCUUGUUCUCCAUUAUUGUUAUCACAAAACUCUCUCUAAAAACACCAUUAAUCUCUUCACUUUUCUUACACCAAGAAACUCAACAAUUGAUCAAGUAGAAGUAUGAAAACCUUAGAAGAAGAUCAGGCCAAGGAAGUUGUAGUAAUGAAAAUGGUGAAUAAGGAAAAGUUGGAUUUGAAAGAGACUGAACUGAGGUUAGGGUUACCUGGAACUGAUGAAGAAAUUAUGGGGAAAAACCCCGCAAUGAAUUCUAAUGGAAAAAGAGGGUAUACAGAAACUGUGGAUUUGAAGCUAAAUAUUUCUGGGAUAGAUCAAACUGAAGAUCAGAAAGAAAAGAAUCUGCAUAAGGAGACGAAGUCUCUUGCCAAGGCACAGAUUGUGGGGUGGCCACCGGUUAGGUCCUCCCGGAAAAAUAUUAUGGCGGUUCAAAAGAGCGGUCCAGACAAGGCGGAGAUGGGUGUCGCCACCUUUGUGAAGGUUAGCAUGGAUGGUGCACCUUAUCUUCGUAAAGUGGAUUUGAAGAUGUACAGAAGUUACCAAGAGCUUUUUGAUGCCUUGGGCAAGAUGUUCAGUUCCUUUAAAAUUGGAAUGAUGGACUUCAUGAAUGGGAGCAAACUGAUUGAUCUUUUGAAUGAUUCUGAUUAUUUUCCUACUUAUGAAGACAAGGAUGGUGAUUGGAUGCUUGUUGGUGAUGUCCCAUGGAAGAUGUUUGUUGAAUCAUGUAAGCGCUUGCGCAUUAUGAAAGGAACGGAGGUAGUAGGACUCGCACCUAGAGCAAUGGAAAAAUGCAAGAACCGAAAUUAAAUGUGUGAAUUCCAUCUCAGUCUACUCUUUCGAUCUUUGUGGGAUUGAUCUGAAAAAUGGAAAAGCAGAGAAAGAGACAGUGGAUCGAGCAGAUGCUGGAUUCUGUCUGUACCAUUUUCAUUCAAUUGCUUAUAUAUUAGUUGGACAAUUAAUUUGACACAGACAAUAACUCUUUGAACGUAGACUUGGUUUUCCUAAUAUUAAUGAUUUGUUCAAUAUGUUUACGUAA